AUGGCUUCCUCUGGGAGGCUGGUGGUGCUAGGCCUAUGCCUGGCCGUGGUUGCCCUCCCUCUCCCCUGCCAGGGCUGCCCACCACGCUGCGACUGUGUGGCACAGCUCCGGUCGGUGUCGUGCCAACGCAGACGCCUGUCGGGCAUUCCCGAGGGCAUCCCCACGGAAACGAGGCUGCUUGACCUCAGUCGGAACCGGCUGCGUUGGGUGGCACCGGGGGACCUGGCGCCCUACCCUCGGCUGGAAGAAGUGGAUCUGAGUGAGAACCUCAUCACCACACUGGAACCCAAUGCAUUUGCCAGUUUGCAGGCCCUACGGACACUGCGUCUACGUGGCAACCAGCUGAAGCUGGUGCCCAUGGGCGCUUUUGCCCGUCUGUCAAACCUGACCACCCUAGACUUGAGUGAAAACAAAAUCGUCAUCUUGCUGGAUUAUACUUUUCAAGACCUGCACAGCCUGAAAAACCUGGAGGUGGGUGAUAAUGAUCUGGUCUACAUCUCGCACAAGGCAUUUUUGGGGUUACUAGGUCUGGAGGAUCUAACCAUUGAGAGGUGCAACUUGACUUCCAUCUCUGGUCAAACUCUGUCCUACCUACGUAACCUGGUCACUCUCCGACUGCGUCAUCUCAGUAUCACCGCGCUCGAGGACCAAAAUUUCCGCAAGCUGUCCGCCCUCAGGGGGUUAGAGAUUGACAACUGGCCGUACUUGGAAUACAUCUCUCCCCUAAGCUUCCAAGGUCUCAACCUAUCCUGGCUUUCCAUCACCAACACCAACAUCACGUCUGUCCCUUCCGCCUCCUUCCGGAACCUGGCCUAUCUGACCUCACUGAACCUCUCCUACAACCCCAUCUCCGUCCUGGAACCCUGGGCAUUCCGGGAUCUUCUGCGUCUGAAGGAGCUGCAUAUGGUCAGUACCAACCUGCUCACUGUGGAACCCCACGCCCUGGGCGGUCUGAGGCAAAUCCGGGUCCUGAAUCUCUCUAACAAUGAGCUAGUGACACUGGAAGAGAGUUCCUUUCACUCUGUCAACAGUCUGGAGACGUUGCGGGUCGACGGCAACCCCUUGUCCUGUGACUGCAGGCUUCUCUGGAUCCUCCAACGACGAAGAACCCUGAACUUUGACGACAAGGUGCCUGUGUGCGCCGGACCCGCCGAGGUGCAAGGGACCGCUUUGACCUCCUUCAGUGAUUCGGCACUGUUUGAUUACUUUACCUGUCAGAAGCCCAGAAUACGGAACCGGAAGCUCCAGCAGGUGACAGCACGUGAAGGGCAGCCGGUUUCGUUUCUGUGUCGUGCUGAUGGCGAACCCACACCCGCCAUCAUCUGGAUCUCACCGCAGCGUCGACGGAUCACGUCCAAAACCAAUGGCAGGAUCACAGUACUACCAGGCGGAACUUUGGAGAUCCGGUACGCCCAAGUCACGGACAGCGGCACGUACAUCUGCAUUGCCAGCAAUGCUGGCGGCAACGACACCUACUUCGCCACGUUGACGGUGAAAGGUCUGCCCUUGGACGCGACGUUGUUCACCAACCGCUCACUGUACGCAGUGGACAUGAAUGACACCAGCCUCAACAACACCCGCGUCUUCCUGAAGUUCACACUGGACCUCACCACCAUCCUGGUCUCUACGGCGAUGGGCUGUAUCACCUUCCUGGGCGUGGUUCUCUUCUGUUUCCUGUUGUUGUUCGUGUGGAGCCGCGGACGCGGGCAACGCAAGAACAACUUCACAGUGGAGUACUCCUUUAGGAAGACGGAAGGCCCUGCAACCAGUGGGAGCACUGGAGGAACUCGCAAGUUCAACAUGAAAAUGAUAUGA